AACGAGCCGCCAGUUUCACGUGCGGCGCGCGGAAGGCUCGGGCUUACAGUUUACUACCGUUUUUAUAAACGCAUUUGUAGAAAAUUAUACUCUCGGCAGGAAAUCCAUUAGUUUUCCAUGUGAAAAUGAUGAGAAUGCAGCUCCUGGUUCUUGCAGCCAUCCUUGGACUGAGCUCGGCUCAGUACGACCCUCACUUUAAGAACGGCCGCACGUCCAUCGUCCACCUGUUCGAGUGGAGAUGGGAAGACAUAGCGCUGGAAUGUGAGCGUUAUUUGGCCCCUAAUGGGUUUGGUGGAGUUCAGAUCUCUCCGCCCAAUGAACACAUCGUUCUGGACUAUCCCUGGCGUCCAUGGUAUCAGAGGUAUCAGCCAAUUGGAUACAACUUGUGCUCCCGUUCUGGAACAGAGGCUGAACUGAUAAACAUGGUGGAGCGGUGCAAUAAUGUUGGGGUGAACGUGUAUGCGGACGUGGUUAUCAAUCACAUGUGCGGAGCAGGCGGAGGAGAGGGUAGGCACUCUUCCUGUGGGUCUUACUUCAGUGCCACCCGGCUGGACUUCCCCACCGUGCCAUACUCCAACCUGGACUUCAAUGACGGAAAAUGCAGUACGGGCAGUGGAAACAUUGAGAACUACCAAGACAUCUACCAGGUGCGUGAUUGUCGCUUGGUUGGCCUCCUGGACCUAGCCCUUGAGAAAGAUUAUGUCCGUGGGAAACUGGCGGACUACUUGAACAAGCUGAUCGACAUAGGAUUUGCUGGUUUCCGGGUGGAUGCCUCUAAGCACAUGUGGCCAGGCGACUUGGAUGUUGUUUAUAGCAGGCUUAACACUCUCAACACCAGAUGGUUCCAGGGUGGUGCGAAGCCCCUCAUCUUCCAAGAGGUUAUCGACCUUGGUGGAGAACCAAUCACAGCAAGUGAGUACUUUGGUUUGGGCCGUGUUACUGAGUUCAAAUAUGGAGCCAAACUUGGCACAGUCAUCCGCAGGUGGAAUGGAGAGAAAAUGUCCUACCUAAGUAAUUGGGGAGAGGGCUGGGCCCUUGUGCCCUCUGACAGAGCUCUGGUGUUUGUGGACAACCAUGACAACCAGAGGGGCCAUGGAGCUGGCGGCGCCUCCAUUAUCACCUUCUGGGAUUCUAGAUUGUACAAAAUAGCCAUUGGCUUUAUGCUAGCUCACCCCUAUGGCUUGACUAGAGUAAUGUCCAGUUAUCGUUGGAACAGGAACAUUGUGAAUGGUGCGGAUCAGAAUGACUGGAUUGGGCCACCAAGCUAUUCUGAUGGUACCACUAAGCCUGUCUCUAUCAACCCUGACACUACAUGUGGAGACGACUGGGUGUGUGAACACCGCUGGCGCCAAAUCAGAAACAUGGUUAUCUUCCGGAAUGUUGUCAAUGGACAGCCCUUCUCUAACUGGUGGGACAAUGGAAACAAUCAGGUCGCUUUUGGACGUGGUAACCGUGGAUUCGUUGUCUUCAACAAUGAUGACUGGAAUUUGGAUGUGACUCUCGAUACUGGCAUGCCCGGUGGCACCUACUGCGACGUCAUCUCUGGUCAGAAAGAGGGAAACAGUUGUACAGGGAAACAAAUCACUGUUAGCAGCGAUGGGAAAGUCCACUUCAGUAUCAGCAACGUGGAAGAGGAUCCAUUUGUUGCUAUUCAUGCUGACUCAAAGCUGUAAGACAAAUUAAAAUAAAA